GCCUGGUCACCUUCUUCAGCGUCCUUGCCGCCUCUUUCUGAGUUGGAUGUAGCAACAACGACCGCAGUCACUUGGCCCCAGCGGUCAGCACGUUGCUUGUACGCCGCCUUUUGCCGAGAAUAACGGCAGACUUCCUUCUGGAACUAGAGCACAGGCCAACACAAAAAAGUUCGUGAAUCAAGGAUGCGCUUCUUACAGAGGCACCGGCUCCUGCAGCAUCCGAUGUUGCCGAGCGCUGCAUUCUACUUGGAUCCUCGAUCCGAUGUUCUCUGCCUCCCGAACGAGAUUGAACCGGAGCAUCUGAAGGAGGUCCAGAAACACUACGGAGCACAGCUGGAUGACAUUCAGAUGAUCCUCGUCGAGGAACUGGGGCAGUGGGAAGACACACCAUCCCUUGCUCCCUUGCUCCCCAUCUUCAGAGGGCUUGGCACUGUGAAGGUCCUUUUGGAGAGUUAUGAGUUCGAUAGCGGCUGGCCGGAUGAGGAUGACAUGGAGGCUCCUGCAACGGAGGAGGAGUACCGGAACGCUGCCUCUUUGUGAGACCGGGACUUGCAGCUGAUGGGCGGACGAGGAUGGAUGGUCCAGUAUGUAGAUCGGAAGCAAAACGUGUACCUGAGCUGGGCCGGUGACGGGCUCGCCGUCUAGAAUUGAUUUUUUCCCCAUCA